AUGCCAAAUACCAAAGAACUAAUAGUUAGACGAGAUGGUGCAGAACACAGUCCGAUCAAAAAUACACACAUGCUCCGUGCUGUGAUCUAUUUGUGCAGUAGACGGACUUACAGUAGAUAUCUGUGCGGUGGGACCUUCGCGCAACUCCUUCUCCGACUUGGAGCUGAGGACUCCCUUCAUGAAAGUGGUGCGCUUCGAAUCACCUGCCCAAGAGACAAGAGAUUGUCUAUCUCAGAUCGCAUAAAGAAAUAUAGUCAUCAAAAGACUUCCAGAAGAGCUGUUGAUGACUGCUUGUGCAGUCAGCGAUUGAGAAUUCGUGGUGGAAGAGUAAGCUCUUUCCGAUCUCGCGAAUCCUAUCCUACUGUUCCUCGUCUAUUCUCGGUUGGAAACGGUUAUGAUCAAAUUGGAGGCUGA